AUGGCGACUGAGACUCAGACUAAGAUGAAAGCCCUCCACUAUGACGGGCCUUUCAAGGUCGCGGUCAGGGAGAUCGAGACCCCUUCCAUCCAGCAUCCGGAUGACUGUAUCAUCAAGGUGACAACUGCGUGCAUUUGCGGAUCCGAUCUGCAUAUGUAUCAGGGUCGUACGGCCGCCGAGUCUGGAUUAGUGUUCGGCCAUGAGAACAUGGGCAUCAUCACCGAAAUCGGACCAGGCGUGACGCUGCUGAAGAAGGGCGAUCGCAUCGUGCUGCCCUUCAACGUUGCAGAUGGCAGGUGUCGGAAUUGCGAGGAGGGCAAGACGGCCUUCUGCACCGGAGUCAAUCCAGGCUUUGCUGGUGGUGCGUACGGUUACGUCGCCAUGGGACCGUACCAAGGUGGUCAAGCACAGUAUCUUCGAGUGCCAUACGCGGACUUCAAUGCACUCAAGCUGCCUCCAGGAACCGAGCAUGAGGCGGACUUUGCGCUUCUUGCCGACAUUUUUCCGACAGGCUGGCACGGUCUUGUCCUCGCUGGCUUCCAAGCUGGCGAAAGCGUAGCAGUCUUUGGUGCCGGGCCUGUAGGCUUGAUGGCUGCAUACUCCGGCGUGAUUCGAGGCGCAAGCCGGGUGUUCGUGGUUGACCAGGUCAAGGAGCGACUGGAUGCGGCGAAGAAGAUCGGUUGCAUUCCGAUCAACUUCACUGAAGGCGAUCCUGUAGAGCAAAUCAUCAAGGCAAACGAUGGCAUGGUCGAUCGGGCGGUUGAUGCUGUCGGCUAUCAGGCUGUUGACAAAGGUGGGAAAAAGGAGCAGCCGAAUGUCGUUUUGGAUCAACUUAUUAUGGUUACCAGGCCUACAGGUGGACUUGGUAUCCCAGGGCUCUAUGUGCCGUCUGAUCCUGGGGCACCAGACGAGCAGAGCGGAAAGGGCCAGAUCCUGCUUUCUUUUGGCAAACUGUUCGAGAAAGGUCUAAGCCUUGGCACCGGUCAAUGCAACGUCAAGGCGUACAAUCGUUAUCUGCGCGAUCUUAUCAUCUCUGGCCGUGCCAAGCCGUCCUUCGUAGUGUCCCACGAGGUCAGCCUAGAUGAAGCGCCGGACGCUUACGAUAAGUUUGACCGGAGAGUGGAUGGGUAUACCAAAGUUUUGUUGCAUCCGAAUGGUUCCUUGUCGUAG